AUGGAUGUAAUAACACCACGAGUAAACUAUGGUCUGCUUAGUAGGUACAAAGGACGAAAAGUACGAUUAGUUGGACGCGUAAUACAGGUGCAUAUUCUAACGUUGAAAGCUGAAGAGUCAACGAUUGCAGAAACUAGCCAUACUGUUGUCGUGGAGGCAUGUGACAAAGGACAAGUGUCCGUUCGCUUACGACAGCCAAGUAAUUUCACAACGUACGUUGAAUUUGUUGGUCGAGUCAAUACUGAUUUGAGUAUCAAUGAGUUCGUUUUUACCAACUUUGGAGAUACUUUCGAUUUAGAUCUUCAUAACAAAGUGGUAGAGUAUUGGCAGCGAUUCCCUGAUAUAUUUCCAACGGAAGAACUCCCCUAA